AUUCAUGUAACAGGAUAGCAAGAUAAUUCCAGGAAUGGCUGCAUCACUGAGCUCAAAGAUCUUAGGAUCUGAGCUCACAAUUGUAAGAAGAUUUUGCAACCAUCUUAAUGCAAAACGCUUUUACAGUGGUGUCGCAGAAUCAGGUGAUACUGUGACACAUACUGGUCAAAAGUUUGAAGAAGAUGACUACAGAAAUGUUCGGUUCAUCGGGAAAGAAAAACAAGUUAAUCCAAAUUUUGCAAUCGAGCUGAUUGCUGAUACACCACCAAUUCCUAAGAAAGAGCGUGUUGUAGCGUGUGAUGGUGGUGGUGGUCCAACUGGUCAUCCUAAAGUGUACAUAAACCUUGAUAAACCAGGCAACCAUGCUUGUGGCUACUGUGGCCUUCGUUUCUUCAAAGAGGACCAUUAGAAAAGAAGUUCUGUAGCACUUUGAUAGCACAGUUUUGAUGUGUUACCAAUAUGUCUUGUUAUUAGUUACUUUUGCAAAUCAUGUGUACAAAUAAAUCUAUUUAACAUGAUUAAAUCUUGCAUUACUACUUGACAA